CGGAGCUGCAGUACCAUGAGGAGCCCAGUGGGGCGGCGCUGGUUUGGGAGUCUCCCCGGGGCUGCAGUAGCAGUGGGAGCCCAGUGGGGCGGCGCUGGCGGGGCUGCAGUACCAGUGGGAGCCCGUGGGGCGGCGCUGGUUUCGGAGUCUCCCCGGGGCUGCAGUAGCAGUGGGAGCCCAGUGGGGCGGCGCUGGCGGGGCUGCAGUACCGCUGGGAGCCCGUGGAGGAGCGCGGCGCCGGCGGCAACAGCAGCAGCAGCGCGGGUCGGAGGCGGCGGCAUUUGGCGCGGGCGCACGGACGGGUGGUUGGCGCGGGCGGGCGAGGCGAGGCCGGGCUUUCCGAUCCUUCCUUCCUUCCUCCAUUCGGAGACAGCGAUCCCCAUCGGCGCCAUGGACAUGAAGAAGAGGAUUAACCUGGAGCUGAGGAACAGGACUCCAGCGGAUGUUAAAGAACUUGUUCUUGACAAUUGCAGAUCAAAUGAUAGCAAGUUUGAAGGACUGUCGGCAGCAUUUGAGAGUUUAGAAUUUCUCAGCAUGAUCAAUGUAAUGCUGACAUCUGUAUCAAACCUCCCAAGGUUGAUUAAACUAAGAAAGCUUGAACUAAGCGAUAACAGAAUAUCUGGAGGCCUUGACGUUCUGGCGGAAAGAACCCCGAGUCUUACACAUUUAAACCUCAGUGGAAAUAAAAUCAAAGACAUCAACACUUUGGAGCCCCUGAAGAAACUUCUGAAUUUGAGGAGUCUCGACUUAUUUAAUUGUGAAGUGACCAAUUUAAACGACUACCGAGACAGCAUGUUCACGCUGCUGCCCCAGCUCACAUACCUCGAUGGGUACGACCAGGAUGAUCAGGAGGCACCUGAUUCCGACGUAGAGGGUGAUGGGGAUGGUCUUGACGACGAGGAGGAGGAAGAUGAUGAUGAGGAAAACGAGGAAGUGGAAGAGGAGGAUGAGGAUGAUGAAGAAGAGGGGGAGUUUGAUGCCUUGGACGAGGAGGACGAAGAUGAACUAGAUGGUGAAGAUGAUGACGAGGAUGAGGACGACAGUGAUGAUGAGGAUGAGGAUGAAAAAUCUGAAGAUGAAGAAGAAUCCAAACAGGCAGCCCAAGGCCAGAAACGGAAGAGGACCCCAGAGGAUGACGGAGAAGAAGAUACUGAGGAUGAUGAAUGAGCUCAGUAGACGUAUAGACUGUGACUGUGGUUGAUAUUCACAUCAAGUGACAUUCCUCUGAGACAGUAUCUGUAGCUAUGGUGAUGUGUACAAAUGAAAUAUACAUUUCAUAAGUUAUUCUGUUUAAAAAGUGCAUUUAUAACUAAUGAUCACAUUUCUGACAAGUUGGAUACAUAUCUGGAUUGCUGGAAGUCUGGAAUGUUGCCUUAGGCUGGUCAGAGUUGCCACUGUGGAACCAAAGUUAUACAACAAAAACUUAGGUAGUCGUCAAUUUUGUUCAUAAUCUCUUCCCCCUUUGUAGUAAGAAUCACGUUUCAAUCCCAGAUGACAAGCCAAUUUUUAUAGCUGUGGAGUCCUCCACCAACUCGCCCCCCUCCCCUCCCCGGUUGCACUUUCUUUGAAUAUUUUUUUCCGUCCCCACCCAUGGAUUGAUAUUCCAAAGAGUGACAGUGACGAUCGAGUCGCUGGCAAUGUCGAACAUCAUCAUUAAGUGCAAGUGCUUCCAUUCCUUUGCCACAGCAGAAUGCGGUGACGUCAACGUUAGAACAAGCAGGCUGAUUCGCCCGAAUGAUUCUUGUGGUUACUCUCACAAAGGCCUGUCUUGAACCCUUUGCAUUCAAAUUAGAAUUUGCCUCUACUGUGCCUUAUAGUGCCGUUGAUAGAACGGACAGUUUUUUUGUUAUAUGUGGUUAGGAUUACCGAGCUGAUGCUGUACUAACGUCUUAGGAAGUACGAUAGGACAGACUGAGCAAUCUGUCAGAAAUGUCUUUUUUUUUUUAAAUGCCAGUGUCCACUAUUGACUACUUAUUGUUUUAGCAUUUCCAUAGCAACAGAACUGACACAAGAACUGAGAGCAGAACUCUCUUUUAGGAAGCUGUCUUUUUUUUUCAGAAAUCUUGAGUAUACGAAACAAGAUUCACAAUUGAGGUAUAUUUUCUAGUUGAGGCUAUGGGAGACUUGGUGACGCCCUAACCUUUGAGGCAGAGUUCUAGCCACUUCUGUUGACGUUCUACUGCCGGAGGUCAAACCCGAUCCAUUAGAAACGUCAACACGAUUGUCUAGAACCAGAGACGCCUUGCAAUAGUUUACCAGUUUUUCUGAAAAAAGGUUGUUCAGUUUUGAAGUACAAAUGCAAAAAAAAAAACCUUAUAAAGAGGAAAGUAAAUGGCUUUCAAAUAUUUGUAUAAACUCGGUCAACAGUCUCUUUGUAUUAUAACAGUAUAUUAUGGAAUUAGUUCUAGAUACCCAUUACAAAAUGGAUAUUUAUAAACUCUGGGACUUUUUUAAAGAAAACUAAAUGUUGAGAUUAGAAACUAGGUAAUUUGUUACUUUUUAUUUUUAGUGUGGUGUGAAUUUUUUAGAGCCAAAAUAAAUUUGAAUAUAAAUUUUCAGUGUAGUAACUUUACAAAUGUAUUAAACUUUCAAAUGUUGCUGUUCAGGUUAUUUCUGUACAGAAAAUAAGUUCAGAAGACCUAUUUCAUGUUAAUGUAUCUAGUUUUGUUAUAAAUUUUCAAAAUAAAUGGGUUUUUAAUAAAAAA